CUAAAGCUGAAGCACAAAAAGCAAAAUUAGAGAAAGAAGGGCGUCGACGCAAUUUUCAAUUUGGCCAAAUGAUCAUAUUUUGUACUACUGAAGGAAAAUUUGUCAUUGGAAUUUCAAGUUUAUUGCUUACUAAACUUGGAUUUUUUAGGGAUU